GCAUCUACCUCGCCCUCUACAGCACGACCACCGCGAACCAUUUGGCACGUUAAAAAAUGGCGGACUGCACGGAGAGUACGGAGGACUUCAAUGGGCCCAGGCCGCCGAUAAUCAUGAAGUUCGACGCACCGGAGGAAACCAGUGAAAACUCAGCUAAUGACAAAACUGAGGAACAAUCAGUUGAGGACAGUUCCAAGACGCCAUCCUCGCCCUACUCCAACUCCGCCCCCAAAAUCCAUAGUCCAGUACUGACAGCCUCAAAAUUCGGCAACUCUUUCGGCAUAAGUGAAUUCCGUAAAUUAUCGUCCUCAGUUUUGAAACCAUCGAGUCUUCUCCGGCCCUCCCAACUGACUCCAUUAGCAACAAAUUCUCCCAGCACAUCCCUGACGUCCAAGGACUCAUCGAAUCCAUUCACUAAAGUAACAGACGGUGCAUUAUUCGAUGAAAACGGCGAGGAGGCCACAAAAUCGAGUGAGGACACCGCAGAGACUAAUAGCGAAACGAAGAAACCAGAGGAGGGCCCAAAAUUCCUGCCCCUGGGGACAAGCUCCAAGGAGCACCAAGACAACAGUGUAAAUAGUGCAGUGACAGCCAACUCGUCGGCCUCCAGCUUUGUCUUUGGUCAGAACCUCAAGGAGAGGGUGACUGUGACGAAACAGAAUGACAACGAUAAUACAGAGAAUGAAGAGCAGGAGGAGACCAUCAAGGAAGAAAAGAGCAAUGAGAAUGGAGCCUCUGAGUUGCUGUUCUCCAGUGCCGCUGCCGUAUGUCGAAGCACUAGCAGACCUGGACUCACUCUGACUCAGGCCGCCCAGGAGAUCGAGGAGGCUAAUCGCGCUAACAAGAGGAAGUACAAUCAGGUUACUCCACUCACAGGAGAGGAAGAGGAGACCAAUGUUCUUCAGAUCAAUUGUAAACUGUUUGCCUUCGACAAGGCAACUAGCAGUUGGCAAGAGCGAGGGCGAGGUACCCUCCGGUUGAACGACCGUGACGAUGAGUCUCGGCUCGUUGGGCGUGCAACAGGAACUCAACGACUCAUAUUGAAUACUAAAGUAUGGCCUGGAAUGACAGCUGAACUCGCUGGACCAAAAUCACUGAGGUUAACUGCCAUGGAUGUUCACGGUGACAUUAGAAUUUUCAUUGUGCAAGCCGCCCCUAAAGAAGUCGAUCAGCUGCACAAUCUUCUAAUGCAACGGCUCAAACGUGCAAAGGAACGUCAGCCAAAAAAACUGGCCACUGAACACUGACAAUUGAUCACAAUUUUUAUUUGUUAAAUGAGUGAUACAAACGUACUCGUGGUGUGACCAUUAUUGACUGAUAAUGUUGGCUGAUAACUUAAAGUGGAUUUACUGAUGUGCGAUUCCAGUUUCUUUUAGUUUUGCGAGUUCUUGGACUCGUAGGAACGGGGGGAAGAGGCAAAAUGGAACAUGAGAAACAAUGUGUUGAAACAGGUGGUAGAUUUUUUUUUAAUGAGAUCAAUUGGUGGAAGAGUUAAACAACUCACAAAAGCUUUAUCUCUUAACAGAAAACAAAAAUAAACAAUUCGAGUAGACCUUCUUCAAGAUUAAAUUUGUUCUUGAGAAAAAUGCUCUAUGGCUCUUCAAUUCUGAGAUCCUUAUCGAAUAUUACCUAUCCAUUUAAUUUGACUUCAGCUGGAAGCUGUUAAUUAUUAAUAAUUUAUCCCAGGAACGAAUGAUUUGUUCGAAAAAUGUCGAAAACUUUAUUUUCAAGGAAUUUCCGAAUAAUAGGGUUUUUUUCCACGUCCGAAAACACCACACAUUACGGAGAUCAUUUUGGGGUAAAAAUUUGAAAAUUGUUUCGUCAUCAUUGAUUUAAGUACAGAACUUUUUAAUGUAGUUUUUGAGUUUGAUCAUUACAAAAUAUUCGAUUUUCCAUUGCUUUUUGCCUCUGGUUAUUCCCUAUUGACAGUCUUUUACACGAGAAUUUAAAAAAAUAAUCAUGGAAACAAAUACACGUGGAUAUGUCUGUGAAUAGAGUGGAAGAAUCAAUUGGAUGAUUUGGAGACAUGAACUUUUGGAGGAUUUAUCAGAACACACGUAGCAUAAUAAUAAAUUAUGUAUAGUUCUUACGGGUAAUGAAUGUUUUUUUUUAUUUUUUAUGGAAAUUUUAAUUUUCCCCCCCAUCAUUUCGUGAGAAGAGUCGACAGAAGUGAAGUUUAUCGAUUUAAAAAGUUUUGAGCUAAUGUACAAAUUAAAUCUAAAAAUUUGCUGAGAAAUGAAAUUGAAUAAAACUUGAUAAACCGAA